ACAAGUAUAAAAGAAGGAUUACUACUGAAGCAAACCAGCUCUUUUCAGAGGUGGAAAAAGCGUUAUUUCAAACUUCGAGGUCGUACCCUUUACUAUGCUAAGGAUUCAAAGUCUCUAAUAUUUGAUGAAGUUGACCUGUCAGAUGCCAGUGUAGCUGAAUCAAGCACAAAAAAUGUCAACAACAGCUUCACGAUAAUCACUCCAUUUAGGAGGCUAAUAUUGUGUGCUGAGAACAGAAAAGAAAUGGAGGACUGGAUAAGCUCUCUGAAGUCAGUUCAGUCCAGAGAACAUUAUGAGACCGCACAGUUUAAUGUGGAACAUUUCUCAGGGAUGCAUAACUGGUACGCCUGCUCCCACGCCCGACCCACCUUCUGCAACGUGUGCAGAGAGAGCCUCUCUGGAGUCACUUCUCAUGGCCUGUCCUGUGAAGUAUGUAAGUUUAAAGCACAUAAAAGAUGUGCUGUCCGAGCAACAAAUAACUGCAAAUGGACUACAUUAGCCUCAAUUGGAAAAGACAUCAUUGAAGAUGAAGAUGGUAUAGCUAUGCCUCACCAGUGGUUAGAGGGAAACCUGCCCGUCAGUGCCAAAUGCGCGGUCUGCGACAAGACUUGUGGCAGUGUUCUACGCCUGCAAGAUUGGAAGUGCCUUUGGUGUAAAGCUAUGGUUCACACGGCCUGUAAAGAUCUGUACCCUCGCAAAUGUCCACUUGGCCAGUGUAAGGUAUCGAUCAUCCCUCCAACAGCACUAAACAGUAUAGACUCCGAUGGUUUCUGGAAGGCCACAUGCCCGCCAUCCUGUGCCAGUCCUCUUUUAGUUUUUGUUAACUCAAAGAGUGGAGACAAUCAGGGAGUAAAGUUUCUUCGUCGAUUCAAACAGUCGUUAAAUCCAGCUCAGGUCUUCGAUUUAAUGAAUGGAGGACCUCACUUAGGUUUGCGGUUAUUUCAGAAGUUUGACAACUUCAGGAUUCUUGUGUGUGGUGGCGAUGGAAGUGUGGGUUGGGUCUUGUCAGAAAUUGAUAAGCUCAGCUUGCACAAGCAGUGUCAGUUGGGAGUGUUACCCCUUGGUACUGGAAAUGACCUUGCUCGUGUCCUUGGCUGGGGAGGAUCCUGUGAUGAUGAUACACAACUUCCUCAGAUUUUGGAAAAACUAGAACGAGCCAGCACGAAAAUGUUAGACAGGUGGAGUAUAAUGUCAUAUGAACUGAAAUUACCAGCAAAGCCUUCUAUUCUUCCUGUGACUGCAGAAGAGUCAGAGGAGUGCCAGAUAUCUGCUUAUGAGGAUUCAGUUGCCGCUCAUCUUGCAAAAAUUCUCAAUUCUGAUCAGCAUUCUGUUGUCAUAUCAUCUGCCAAAAUAUUAUGUGAAACUGUAAAGGACUUUGUUGCCAAAAUAGGGAAGACUUACGAAAAACCAAUGGAAAAUGCAGAGGAAGCUGAUGCCAUGGCCAUUAAAUGCUCAGAGUUAAAUGAAAAGCUGGACCUAUUGCUCCAGGCUCUUCACACAGAAGCCCAGGCUGCUCCCAUUCUCCCAGGCAUUGCUCCCCCCAUUGUGGAAGAAGAACCAGAGGAGUUCUCAAGUGAAGAAUCCUUGUCUGAAAGUAAAGAGCAAUUAGCAGAGUGUGUCUCAAAGUCUUCCCAGAAGCUCUUCAAACCAAGGGAACAGCUAAUGCUCCGAGCAAACAGCUUGAAGAAGGCUGUGAGGCAGAUCAUUGAGCAAGCAGAAAAAGUUGUGGAUGAGCAGAAUGCUCAUAGUGAAGAGCAAGUGAACCAAUCUCCAGUAGAAUACAGCAAAGAAUUGGAUGAAUCCAAAGAAGAGGAAAAAGAGGAAGAUACAAAGGAACUUGAGUCUCCAUCAACUAAAACUGCACCAAGAUCUCCUGAUAGACGUACAAGCCGAGGUAUCCAUACUCAGACAGGUUCUUUCUCUGCUCCAGCUUUGGCAGCUAGCAAGGAAAACCUCCCAGUACUGAACACGAGGAUAAUCUGCCCAGGUUUAAGGGCUGGUCUAGCUGCUUCCAUUGCAGGAAGUUCAAUUAUUAGCAAAAUGUUGCUAGCAAACAUCGAUCCAUUUGGUGCUACGCCGUUUAUUGACCCGGAUCCAGAUUCCUUGGAGGGAUAUUCAGAAAAAUGUGUCAUGAACAACUACUUUGGAAUUGGGUUAGAUGCAAAAAUUUCACUGGAAUUUAAUAACAAACGAGAAGAGCACCCUGAAAAAUGCAGAAGUCGGACGAAAAACAUGAUGUGGUAUGGAGUUCUUGGCACAAAAGAGCUAUUGCAGAGAACUUACAAGAACUUAGAACAAAAAGUUCAACUAGAGUGUGACGGACAGUACAUCCCCCUUCCAAGCCUGCAGGGCAUAGCUGUGCUAAACAUUCCCAGCUAUGCUGGUGGGACUAAUUUCUGGGGUGGAACUAAAGAAGAUGAUAUAUUUGGAGCUCCAUCGUUCGAUGAUAAAAUCUUAGAAGUUGUCGCUGUAUUUGGCAGCAUGCAGAUGGCAGUGUCCAGAGUCAUCAAACUGCAGCACCACAGAAUAGCUCAGUGUCGGUCAGUGAAGAUCACCAUACUUGGUGAUGAAGGGGUUCCAGUGCAAGUCGAUGGAGAGGCAUGGAUCCAGCCCCCGGGAGUUAUUAAGAUCAUACAUAAAAACAGAGCUCAGAUGCUAACACGAGACAGAGCCUUUGAAAACACUCUGAAGUCUUGGGAGGACAAACAGAAGUAUGAUUCCUGCAAACCUGUCAUUCGAUCUCCCUUGUACCCUCAGCAAGCCGUUGAGUUGGCUACAGAAGAAGAAGUUGCACAGAUCCAGUUGUGCUCACAAGCUGCAGAAGAACUUAUUACCAGGAUCUGUGAAGCAGCAAAAGUACAUGGCCUCCUGGAGCAGGAGCUUGCUCAUGCUGUUAAUGCAUGUUCACAUGCAUUAAAUAAAGCCAACCCAAGGUUUCCUGAGAGCCUUACCAGAAACACUGCCACGGAGAUAGCUGUCAAUGUGAAGGCCUUACACAACGAAACAGAAUCUCUGCUUGUAGGACGAGUUCCUUUGCAGUUAGAAGCUCCCCAUGAAGAACUGUUGUCUGAUGCUUUGCACAGUGUGGAAAUAGAAUUGAGAAAACUUGCUGAGAUUCCUUGGCUUUAUUAUGUUUUUCAACCAAAUGAUGAUGAGGAUCCCCCUCUGGAUUAUGCUAAAAGAAACAAUAGAAGUACAGUGUUUCGUAUAGUGCCAAAGUUUAAAAAAGAAAAAAUUCAGAAGCAUAAGACCAGCCCUCAGCCUGUUCAAAAAUGGGGCACAGAUGAAGUUGCUGCUUGGCUGGAUCUGCUCAGUUUGGGAGAGUACAAAGAAAUCUUCAUCAGCCAUGACAUCCGAGGCUCUGAGCUUUUACACCUGGAAAGGCGAGAUCUUAAGGACCUGGGGAUAACGAAAGUGGGCCAUAUGAAGCGAAUUCUCCAGGGAAUUAAAGAGCUCAGCAAGAACACCCCUUUGUCUGAAGUGUAGUUAUGCUGGUGCUUUUCUUAAAGAGAGAAGAGAAAGUUGCUGGAGAAGCAAAGCUGUUGCAGGCACUUGGCUGUCCUUGUGGUUUAUGGAAGAAUAAGCACUGGUGUUUGUACAGGCUAGCAUCUCUGAAUUCUUGUGUGGUGAAGAACUUGCAGCAAGAGUUCGAAAGGAUUUGUGCCAAAACAAAAAGGAAAAGGUGAUAUGUUCUGCGAAGAUGUUUUCUUGGUGUGCAAAUUGGCCAGUUCGGAUAAGCCCACUUUGGUAAAUUGAUUGGUUGAUGGUGAACUGCACUGACUGGAAAAUAUAAUCAAGAAACGAUUGCUUUGCUUACAUGCAGCUCAGUAUGCCUCUCUUUAUGCUGCAGCAAGAUGCCACUGUACAGCAUGAGGUCAUCUGGUUAUCCUUCCGAGGCGUAGGUCUGUAAAACCUCCUGUGCAGGAGACCAGGAAGUUUGGAAGAUUCAGCACGUGAGCCUGGCAGUGCCGCAGGUAUCCAGCACUCGCUGGCCGUGCAGGAGAGGGGAGAGAUACCUUGUGAUACCAUGAAUGCAAACUAUAAUGCAUGGUGUGCCUGCCUGAAUUGUCUGUUGUUCUGUUGCAUGACACAUCUGAUACUUUAAACACUUGAACAACUUUUUUUAUUGGUUUGAAUGAGAUUUAAUUUAUUGCUACUUGAGUGUCUUUUUUUUUAUUAUUUUUAUUUUUUCCCCCUCCAGUUUCAGGCACUUUUCUAUUCUUCAGUGUUGUGUUAUGCCUAAAAUGUGCUCUACGACAAAGGGUGUGUGGGUGUGGAAACUUAGCAUUUGUGCCAUAUUCGCAGAGUAUAUAUGAUUGAAACACUGUACAGUUAGAUUUUUAAAUAUUUCAUGUACAGAAGGUUUAUCAGGUAACUAACUUAUGAGAAUUUUUGAAAGACCGGUACCUCACAAAAACAUCAAUUGGCUUCCUGCAUGGAAAACGGUAAAGGAUAUCCUCAUGGUGCAUUUUAAUGUAGUUAUUCAGUUAUCUUAAACAUCUGUAGCAUAUUUGAACUUGUAGGCACUAAUGGUUUUAUUUAUUCUAUUGUUCAAAAGCAGGUUUAAAUAUUAAUGAAAUUUUCUUAAAGGAAAAUUUAAUUUUAUUUAUCGUGCAUUAGAAGAUAUUUAAAAUGUAGCAGCUGAUUUGAUUUUUGUGGGGUAAACUUUUAAUCGUUGCUAAUUAAUUAUUAAUUUAAAAAUGCAUCUGCGUGCAUUUCUUUAAAAUGGUAUCAAUUUGUUUCUUGACAGCACUCCGCCAUCAGUAGACCAUAAAAAUUAAAAGACCCCAGACUCUAAGGUUUUAGACUAUGCAUGUGAAGAUGAAUCACAUGCAAGGCAGUAAUCCACGGGUGUAAACAGGUUAAAAAAAUUAAAACCAUCUUUAGAAAUUGCUCUAGACCAGAGUUUGUAAGGUUAUUUACACUUAACUUGAAUGAAACAGGUUCAUAAUUAAACUUCCUGGUUAACUUUUCACAAAAGUAUUAAUCUAGUCAGAAAAUAAAUUUCAGAUAUCUACCCCCCCCCCCCCCCCCCCCCCCCCCAAAACAUUCUACCUAAAUGUUUGAGAUGGGAUGACUUUGCACCACCUGCCAGAAAACUUGCACGGAAUUGCUGUCUCCUUACUGUUCCUAGCAAUGUGUCAUUGCAGCACAAGUAACACUUAGCUUUCAAUUAAUCAAGUAGCUUUGAUGUUUCUUGCACGUUGAAGAGUAUAUUAAAAUCUAUUUAUGUUUUCCUCAUGGGCAGCAGAGUAAGGUCUCACUUGGUUUUUACCAAAACGUAUUUUCUUGUAUAAGGGGACCAAUGUCAAGUACUGCAUCCUGGUUUUGCCCUCCAUUUCUCAUGCAUAUGACAGGAGUUGUUCCAUGGCAAGUAGAUGGGACUCAUCCCUUGGAAAGUAAAAUCUAUUAUCCUCAUUGUUUUAUUGAAGAAAAAAAAUCAAAAGAAACAAAACAGGCUGGAUUUGUAUCUUAUUGUAGUUCUUUGUGAUCCUGCUGCUAGGUCCCACAGGCACCACUCUGGGAGUUCUGUGGACGUAAUGAUUGUUCUGGUAAACAAACAAAAGUAAAAGGCUAUUUUCUAUUAGGUUUUGCAUAAAAACCAGACCAAAAUGCCUUUGUCAAAUGAUAUGAUUUUCAGGCUGUUGUAUGAAAACCAUAUGCAAAAAAUGGAAAGUUAGGCAAACAAUGGAAAGUUUCUUGGUUUUGGUUUUAUUUUAAUGUACUUGGCAUUCACCCCUUUAAAGAUGUUCAGGUGACAUCCGUCAAAUCUUUGUAAGCUUUAUUUCAUUUUCUCUUUGGUUCUCCAUUAGCUACACUGUAUUUUAACAUGUGUCAGCAUUUUAGCAUAUUGAUGUUACAGUAGACAACAUAGCUAAUCUUCUGGUCUAUUCAAGGCCAUAAUACAUAGCAGAACUUCCUUUACUUUCCUGAUUGUAAGAUACAAUCUGCUUUGCAAUCUGUUUACAACUUUCAGUCUUGCUGUCUGUAACGCAUUAAGAUGGGUUAUGGAACCAGAUCUCUUCAAGUCACUGUAGAGGUCUACACUGAGUAUAUUAAAAAAUGGGACCUGCUUUUCGGCAGGGAGCAUGGGCAAAUGUUGUUUGUAACACAACUUUCUUAUGGCACUCCUCAAAUUACCUCAGUAUAGGACAACUGAUCAACGAUCAUUUUUCUAAAUGACCACCAAAGAAUUUCACUUUGAUUGUCCUAAGCAGUUUUUUUAAACACGUGAGUAGGAAACAACAAAAACUGUAAGUAUCAUUUAUGCUGUAUUUAUUAGAUGCCCAGGAGAGUAAAUUUUAUGCAACUCUAUGCCUUAGACUAGUGUUGGCUAUGAAGUGCAAAUGCAUCUGACAAGGAGGCUCAAAAUAUUCUUACAGGGGUUCUCUGUGGAGGUCGUGGGUUUUAACUGUGUUUAAGGGAUGUGGCUUUUCUGAAGAACUGAACACAGUGUUACUCUCUCAUGAUUAUUCUAAGUAUUGGGGUUUUUUCCUUACUGCUGUAAAAGUCUCAGCUCCUAGAACUAAGUACAUAAAUAGCUGCAUUUUUUAAUGAACUGUAUUCUCCUUAAUUUAAUCCUGCUGUAAAAAGUGCUUCGGGUCCCAAUAUCUCAACAAAACUAAGGUAAACACAUCCCUAAAAGCAGUUAGCUCCUUAGAAAACAACAUCCUGUGGAGCCUGAUUCAGCCUGCCAGAUUUAUCAAGACAAUCCCUAUACAAA